UUGUGUUGUGACGGGUUCUUGGUUGGACGGUUGAUAAAUAUUGUUGUGAAAAAUAAUAAUAAAAAACAAUUGAAGAAAUUAAAAAUUUUAAUGCUCAAUCAUGCCCAAAAUUGACCCAGAAACACAAAAGCUCUACGAUGAAAUCAAUGGCAUGAUACAAAAGUUCAAGGAGGAUCAAAAGUCGAAGGCAGAUUGCACGCUUGCUGAGAAAUGCGGAGAUAUGAGCGAUGUGUCCAAGAUCCGUUUCUCGUCCAAGAAGGUCUUGAAGGGUCACAUUAACAAGGUCAACUCGGUGCACUUUGCUGGCGAUUCGCGUCAUUGCGUCACUGGCUCUCUGGAUGGUAAACUAAUCAUUUGGGAUACUUGGACGGCCAACAAAGUGCAGAUUAUACCACUUCGCUCUGCAUGGGUGAUGACUGUGGCCUUUUCCCCAUCGGGCAACUUUGUUGCCUGCGGUGGAAUGGAUAACCAAUGUACCGUCUACGAUGUAAACAAUCGGGAUGCCUCCGGAGUGGCCAAGAUGGUGCGUGAGCUAAUUGGAUACGAGGGCUUUCUAAGCUCAUGUCGUUUUCUCGACGAUGGCCAUUUAAUUACCGGCUCCGGUGAUAUGAAAAUCUGCCAUUGGGACUUGGAGAAGGGCGUCAAAACAAUGGACUUUAAUGGUCAUGCUGGCGAUAUUGCUGGAUUAUCAAUGUCGCCCGAUAUGAACACCUACAUAACCGGCUCUGUGGAUAAAACUGCCAAGUUGUGGGAUGUUCGUGAACAGGGACACAAGCAAAUGUUUUUUGGUCACGAUAUGGACGUGUCCUCAGUUUGCUAUCAUCCAAGUGGUUUUGGUUUCGCCUCCUGCUCGGAGGAUCAGACGGCUCGUAUGUACGAUUUACGUGCAGACCAACAAAUUGCACUUUAUGAGCCGCCCCAAAAGAACACGGGCUUCACUUCGUGUGCUUUAUCGACUAGCGGACGCUACAUAAUGUGCGCCGGCAUUGAGGGAAAUGUGCACUCUUGGGACGCCGUGAAGCAACGGCAUACGGGCACACUAUCUGGGCAUGAGAAUCGCAUAACGUGCAUCAGCCUUUGCCCCAAUGGCAUGUGUCUAGCCUCAACCAGUUGGGAUCAACAAGUGCGUCUGUGGCUCUAAUCGAACUACGCUCUUCACUCCACACUUGAUUCAAUAUAUAGCUUACUUAAUAAUAUUACUAAAAAAAAAACAACGUUGUAGCCUAUUACUUGGGAAUAAAGUCCAUGAAAUUCAAUAGAUUGACGACUUGUCAAGCAA